UUGGCGGACAGUUGACCAAUAGUAAAGUGACAGGAGACGUCGUGGUUUGGGUUUAGGUUGGAGCUGCGGGUGCAGAAUGUUUGGGAAACUUUUCUUUCCGCUGUUUCUCGUCCUGCUUUCGCACCAUGAGGCAGCUGACGCUCAGAAAAAGAAAGAGACCCUGCUGUCGGAGAAGGUGACGCAGAUGAUGGAGUGGGCCUCGAAGCGUUCGGUCAUCAGGAUGAAUGGAGAUAAGUUUCGUCGCUUUGUCAAGGCUCCUCCUAGAAAUUACUCCGUUGUCAUCAUGUUUACAGCUCUGCAGCCACAGAGGCAGUGUGGUGUGUGCAGACAAGCUGAUGAGGAGUUCCAGGUGCUGGCUAAUUCCUGGCGUUAUUCCUCUGCCUUCACCAAUAAAGUCUUCUUUGCAUGUGUUGAUUUUGAUGAAGGAUCGGACGUCUUCCAGAUGCUGAAUAUGAAUUCUGCGCCAACCUUCCUUCACUUCCCAUCCAAAGGCAAACCUCGUAAAUCUGAUACCUAUGAGCUGCAGGUCAGAGGCUUUGCUGCUGAGCAGUUGGCUAGAUGGGUGGCAGAUAGGACUGAUGUGCAGAUCCGUGUGAUUCGUCCUCCCAACUAUGCUGGGCCUCUCCUGCUGGGCUUCCUCCUGGCUGUGAUUGGAGGACUGGCAUAUCUACGAAGACACAAUUUAGAGUUUCUGUUUAACAAGAACGUGUGGGCCUUCUCAGCAUUGUGCUUUGUCUUGAUCAUGACUUCAGGCCAGAUGUGGAACCACAUUAGAGGACCACCAUAUGCACACAAAAAUCCCAGCACUGGACAAGUUAGUUAUAUCCAUGGCAGCAGUCAAGCCCAGUUUGUGGCUGAGACGCACAUUGUCCUACUCUUCAAUGCUGCUGUGACCAUGGGAAUCGUGCUGCUUUGUGAGGCUGCUACCUCUGAUGUUGACAUUGGAAAGAGGAAAAUUAUGUGUGUAGCAGGUAUUGGUCUGGUGGUACUUUUCUUCAGCUGGUUGUUGUCCAUUUUCAGAGCAAAAUACCACGGAUAUCCAUACAGCUUCCUGAUGACUUAGAGCAGACCACUUGCAACAAGGAAGUUCUGUCCACAAGCAUGGGGCCGUCCAUGGCAACAAUACCACAUUACUGUUUUGCUAAGCCAUGACUUGUUGUCUUACCUGUUGAGUCAAAAGUGUGUUUCAACACACACAUGCGCACACACACACACACACACUGUGCCUUUACAACAGAAUCCUCAUCACUAGAGUGUAUCCUAAAAUCAUCUUAGGCAAAAAAGUCUAUUCCUCAAAUUGUUUAAUUUGUAAUAAUUAGGACAUAAUUUCCAGUAUGUAUCAAAAUGUUUAACUUUUAAAAAAUACUUUUUUUAGCUUUGUGUGUGUGUGCGUGUUUGUUUUUGUAUUUGUUACCUAUUUAGGACCUUUUCUGGUAGAAAAAGUGACCUUGUCAAGACCUGUAGUCCUCAUGGAGACCAAAACUGGAUCCUAACAUGGCAGAAUCUCAUUUCUGAGGAACUGGUUGCGUUUAGGGCUAAGAUUUGAAUUGUGGUUAUGUUAAGGUUAAGGUUUGGCAUUAACUGGUUAUGGUUAGGGAUCAACCCUUGGCUAGGUUGUCCAAAUGAAUGGAAGUCAAUGCAAGUCUUAAAAUGGAUAAAAAUGUGUGGUGGUCAAAUUAUAAUGUACCUUCAACUCAGCUUCUACAUUAGCCACUCACAAAGCCUGGUGCUUAAGAUACAAAUACAGUGGUUUCAAAUAUCAAAUAUCAAAUCAUUUCACUCUAUCUGAAAUCAGUUAGAUUAUUCAUGAACGAACGUUCUUGGGUAGAAUCUCAGUUUGACCAUAGGCUUUUUUGUGGGUCCUCCCCUUGUGUGUGUGUGUGUGUGAUUGGGUGGGUUUACUCUCCUACCGACCAUAGAUGUACAAAUUGGGUUUAAGUUCAAAUUUAUGACACAGCACAACAGUUUUGAGAAACGGCACCUUUGUUCCUACCGUCAUCUCACCACUGCUGCGUCUGUAAAAACGGUCGUCAAACAAUAAUCCAGCUAGAAGGGUAGGAACACCAUCUCUACCGCCCCCAUUUACUUGCCAAAUGAGAAAUUACUAGUUAAAUGUUGAAUGAAAGAAAAUGUUUUUUUCUAAAUCCCCUCUACCAUAAUUAACUUGUAUAUGUAUUUAUCAAUGAACUUGGCAGUGUGUUUGUUGGUUAUUGUAUGUUUGGUACAGUAUACAUUUGUUCUUCCCAUCAUUGGAUCUGCUGAGAGCAGGUGAUAAGUAACUCUUUUUUUUCUUAAUCCCUUUAAAAAGAAUGGUCUUAUCCUCAGAGUGGGACUGAUGAGAGUCCUUUAUGAGAAGUGAAUGCUUCUUAUGGUGUGAAACAUUUUAAGUGCUUUAUAUGUUUGUCCUUGCCUUAUCAGUUUGUACCAGGAGAAACUAUUUGAGUAUUUCUGAAAUUAAAGUGCCUUAACUGCC